AUGUUCAAGACUACACGAUCUGCGGGGGCAAUGGUAUUGAGAGCCAAGCCCGCCUCAUCCCUCCUCCCUUAUCGAUCCCUAGCAGCAAUCUCCAACAGCGCAACUAAACCAGCCCAAGCACAAGUUCAGGCAAUGGAAACUAGACAUCCAGCGGAUAGAGGAAAUCUCAAACUGAGUGUUACAGGAAAGGAGAGAAGAGAAGUGCUUCUUCCUAGUCAAGAGGGCAAGAAGGGUGUUAUGCAAUAUGCUUUAACCACACUUGAUCAAAUUGCCAAUUGGGCACGACAAGGAUCUCUCUGGCCCAUGACCUUCGGACUCGCCUGCUGCGCCGUCGAAAUGAUGCAUCUCUCAACCCCACGUUACGAUCAAGAUCGUCUUGGUAUCAUUUUCCGUGCUUCUCCUCGUCAAUCCGAUGUUAUGAUUGUGGCUGGUACUUUGACCAAUAAGAUGGCUCCUGCUCUUCGUCAAGUGUAUGAUCAAAUGCCAGAUCCAAGAUGGGUGAUUAGUAUGGGAAGUUGUGCGAAUGGUGGAGGGUAUUAUCAUUACAGUUAUAGUGUUACAAGAGGUUGUGAUCGUAUUGUUCCGGUCGAUAUUUAUGUGCCAGGUUGUCCGCCAACUAGUGAGGCACUUAUGUAUGGAAUCUUCCAAUUGCAGAAGAAGAUGAGACAUACGAAGAUUACGAGGAUGUGGUACAGAAAGUAGAUGGUUGAGAUGGUGUGGUUGGAGAGGUGGAGAGGUUGGAGAAUUUCAUGACUGCUUGAUUUAGAUUGCAGAUGGAUGGAUAGACGGAUUGAUGGAUGAAUAUGCGGAUGACAAUGGGGUGGGGUGGGUUCAAGAGUCU